GCCCUAGCGCCCUCGCGCCGGGGGCGGGCUUGCUGCGCGUGCCGGGCGGGGAAACGGCGCGAGCCGGGCGCCUGAGAACGUUCGCCGCGGGGGCGGCUCCGGGGCCUGAGCGGGCGCAGCCGCCACCUCAGCCGCCGGGGCCGGGCCGGAGGAGGCGGAGGAGGCUGCGGCCGCCCGAGACCCUCUCGACGUCCCCAGCUCCGGCCGGGAAAGAGAGAGCACAAGCUGGGGAGAAGGGCAGAGGGAGAGAGAGAGAAUCUUAAGCAGGCUCCACACUCAGCAUGGAGCCCGACUUGGGGCUCCACCCCACCACCUUGGUAUCAUGACUGGAGUCGAAAUCAAGGGCCGGACGCUCAACCUACUGAGCCACCUAGGUGGCCCCUGGAUUUCUUUCCUUUUAAAGGCUAAAUACUCUUCCAUUGUAUGAUGAUUGAGGAAAGUGGGAACAAGCGGAAGACCAUGGCAGAGAAGAGGCAGCUGUUCAUAGAAAUGCGUGCUCAGAAUUUUGAUGUCAUACGACUAUCAACUUAUAGAACAGCUUGCAAAUUACGAUUUGUACAAAAGCGAUGCAACCUCCAUCUUGUUGAUAUCUGGAACAUGAUUGAAGCCUUCCGAGACAAUGGCCUUAAUACACUGGACCAUACCACUGAGAUCAGCGUGUCCCGACUCGAAACUGUCAUCUCCUCUGUCUACUACCAGCUGAACAAGCGCCUUCCUUCUACUCACCAAAUCAGUGUGGAGCAGUCGAUCAGCCUCCUCCUCAACUUUAUGAUUGCUGCAUAUGACAGUGAGGGCCGAGGCAAGUUGACCGUAUUUUCAGUUAAAGCUAUGUUAGCAACGAUGUGUGGUGGAAAAAUGCUGGACAAAUUGAGAUAUGUUUUCUCCCAGAUGUCAGAUUCCAAUGGCUUAAUGAUAUUUAGCAAGUUUGACCAGUUUCUGAAGGAAGUUCUGAAGCUCCCAACAGCUGUCUUUGAAGGGCCAUCUUUUGGUUACACAGAGCACUCAGUCCGCACCUGUUUUCCACAGCAGAAAAAGAUCAUGCUAAAUAUGUUUUUAGACACAAUGAUGGCCGAUCCUCCCCCCCAGUGCCUUGUCUGGCUACCUCUCAUGCAUAGGCUUGCCCAUGUUGAGAAUGUCUUCCACCCCGUGGAGUGCUCCUAUUGCCGGUGUGAGAGUAUGAUGGGCUUCCGGUACCGAUGCCAGCAGUGCCACAACUACCAGCUCUGCCAAAACUGCUUUUGGCGUGGCCAUGCCAGCGGCCCUCACAGCAACCAACACCAGAUGAAGGAGCACUCCUCCUGGAAAUCCCCUGCAAAGAAGCUGAGCCAUGCAAUUAGUAAAUCUUUGGGGUGUGUACCCACCAGAGAACCCCCACAUCCUGUUUUUCCUGAGCAACCCGAGAAACCACUUGACCUUGCAAAUAUAGUUCCUCCUCGUCCUCUGGCCAAUAUGAACGACACCAUGGUGAGCCACCUGUCCUCUGGGGUGCCCACCCCCACCAAGAGGUUACAGUAUAGCCAGGAUAUACCCAGUCACUUGGCCGAUGAGCAUGCGCUGAUAGCCUCCUAUGUGGCCCGUCUGCAACACUGUGCACGUGUCCUGGACAGUCCUAGCCGACUGGAUGAGGAACACCGGCUUAUAGCUCGCUAUGCUGCCCGGCUGGCUGCAGAAGCAGGAAAUGUGACCCGUCCUCCUACUGACUUGAGCUUUAACUUUGAUGCCAACAAACAACAAAGACAGCUUAUUGCAGAACUGGAAAACAAAAACAGGGAGAUCUUGCAAGAGAUUCAGCGUCUCCGUCUGGAGCAUGAGCAGGCUUCCCAGCCCACCCCCGAGAAGGCCCAGCAGAACCCCACGUUGCUGGCUGAGCUGCGGCUGCUGAGGCAAAGGAAAGAUGAACUGGAGCAGAGAAUGUCGGCGCUGCAGGAGAGCAGGCGCGAGUUGAUGGUUCAGCUGGAGGGGCUGAUGAAGCUGCUGAAGAAUGCAUACAACAUAUGAAAACUAUCUUCCAAAGUCUCCAGGGAAAUUCUCUACACACCAAGCUGGAGAAAUUGUCCUUCCGCUGGAACAACAUUGAAUUCCUGGGACACACUGUCUCACCCAGAAUACUACAGUCUGAGUCUCAGCAAAGCAUCAGCAGAAAAGAAUGAGUGAAAGGUGACUUUUUUAGGUUCUGAGCCUGAGGAUCUAGGAAAAUGAUGGGAACACUGACCGAAGAAGUAAGAAGAGGAGAUGAUCUGGGUUAGGGAGGGGACUUUGGCCUGUUUUUGAACAUACUGAGUUCUGAAGAUUAGGCAGGCACUCGGGCUUUUUGCCUGAUCUACCAUAUAUUUGGGGAUAUGCAGCUGGAACUUCAGUGGGAAAACAUGGCUAGCAUUGUAGAUUUGGAAGUCUUCAACAUAAAAUUAGGGUUGAAACCAUAAACAUGAGGCUUAGGGAAAAACCAUAGUAGAGAAAAAGAAGAAAGAGGAGGUGGGAGGGGUAGGAUUGUGGGUUCUUGGUGAAAGCUCAGAAGCUUUCAAGAAGGAGAAAAUUAAUAAGACAAUAGGAUAAGGAAGCCCUUGGAUUUGCCAAUCAGGAAGUUACCAGCAACCCUGGAAAGAAAAUUUUCAGUAGAGUAGUAGUGUAGAUAGCUCUGAAAAAUAGGCUUUGUUUUGUCCAGCUGCCACCCUGCUUUGGUUUCAGCCCAAAGGAGAGGGAAUUAAAUCUUCAAUCCUCCUCAUUGAAUUACAUAUGAAUGGAUUGCUCUUGUGAUUCAAAGGUCCUUCUCAUCAAAACCACUUUUCUGUCUAAACAGGUCCAUAGACUUUACAAACAUGUUUCCUCAUCUGCAAACUUCAGCUUCACAGUCCUUUGAUGCUUUUGUCACCUGUACCAGCCAGUAUGUUGGGGAAAGGCGAAAGCCAGAAAGGGUCUAUAGAAAACCAACUGGGUUCAUUAGACUGGUGUCUCCUUUUGUGACUUUCAAAUGCACUGGGCUUUUCUUUCAACACCCAGCUCCUUCCUCAGUGUUUCUUCACACCAGCCUUCUACCUCCUCCUUUCCAGACAAAAGAAAGCAUCCUAAGAAAAUAUCCUCUGCUUCCCUGAAGCCCCCUCCUUUGGUUUAUCUCUCGGGCUUCCACAGGAGGAGAGGAAUCCCUAGUGCUCUUCUUGGUAGACCUCACCCCAGCAUCCUCUCUUGGCGUGGGAUUGGAUCUAUGAUCCUUCACUUGGAGAGCGUCUGUAGGCAUUUCAUCAAAUCCUGAUCCUGCACCAAUCUCUUGGGUCUUAUAGCUGACCUCGGGCUGGUUCUGAUGUUCCGUAUUAACAAUAACGCAACAGUAGGGAGCCUUCUCUCCUAGAGUCCUUAACUGAAAUGAACAUCUGCUUAGUUUCAGCUACAAGAAGCAUGUUAUAAAAGGUACACUAGACUUUUUUGCACUCUUCUCCAUUUGCUGCCAAUCAUAGUCUGGCAAGUAGAAUUACUGUCAUUUGGCAUACCGUAUGGAUGCCCCGAUGCUUUAAAAGAAAGAGAAGGGGGAGGGGAGAGAGGGAAGAAGGGAGGAGGUAGAGAAAAGGAGGAAGAGAGAGAGAAAGAGAAGAAAAGAAGAAAGAAAAAGUAGAAGCUUGUUUUAUAAAAUUAGAGGCAAAGAGAGAGACGGUUAACUGUAGCUAAUGCGGUACCUUUAAUAAGAAACCACACCAACUCACCACAGCUCUACAAGCUGGCUAACCGUAAAUCCUUCAAUACUUUUAUUAUUUUGUGUUCUUAUUAACUUAAAUAUAUAUGUAACAUUCACUAUUUAUUCAUUGCUUUCACAUCUCUAAUUUCAACUGCCGUAUUUAACCAGCUCAGACCUGAGGAAACCAAGAGACAACCUAGGAGACUCUGAGGCCUGUAGCCGCCCCCCCCAGGACAUCUUCCAAAUGUGCAGAAGAUACAAGAGUUUAUUCUUGGGCCCCUUGAUGAUCCUAACCUAACCCGAGGCUACUGGUGACCUGCCCUUCCUUCCACAGCAGCCUGCCGCCUGGGAAAAGAUUCUGACUCACCUUCAGCCAGGUUUCUCAUCCUCAGCACUGUGGAACUCUGGGCCACAUAACUCUGGGGAGUCUGGGGGUGCUGAUUUGUGCAUUGUGGGGUGUU